CCUCACUGUCACCAGUACGAAAGCAACAAGAGGAGAAGGUAGCGUCUCCGCUGCAAGCCCCGGGCUAAGGCUAACGGUGCACUUCUCGCUCCCGGGUGGAGGGACGACACCGCCGUUUUCUGGUUGUCUCCAUCUUCUAGAACACACAAAAGAAGAGAAGAGGAUCCAUUUUGACGUUAUGUUAUCGUGAUGUAUUGAGAGAGGGGAGCAGCUAUUUAUUUUUUCACCGCAACACUGGCGUGGAUUUGGACGUCCUGAGCAGCAGGUGUACUGACGGAUAAACGAAGGCCAAUCUCAGUGUUCAUGAAACUUUGCUACGAUUUGCGCGCAGGGGUUGCCGUCCGCCAUGUUAAGCUAAAGCCCAGGUGCGCGGUGUUGACCAUGCUCAAGCGCCUGGACAAGAUCCGCUUCCGAGGCCCGAGGACGCGGGACGACUUCCCCGAGCUGGGAGACUCGCCGCCCGCUUCCGACAACGAAUGUAGCGACGAGGUGGCGCCCAAGCGCCCGGCCAACGACGAGCCUCCGCGAGACCCCGCUGGCUCAGGGUCUCCCAUCAUGGCAGCGGCCAUCCAGGACUUCCAGAGAUCCGAAUCGGAACGACUGAAUGAAGUGAAAGGACACUUGGAAAUUGCCUUACUGGAGAAACACUUUCUGCAGGAGGAGUUGAGGAAGCUGCGCGAGGAGACCAAUGUGGACUCCCUGCGGCAGGAGCUGGAGAAGGAGCGAAGCAAGCGCCUCGACCUGGAACAGAAGAUGGGCGACGUGCUUAAGUCCAGGCUGGAGGAUUCCCCGCCGCAACCUCCUAGAAAACAACAGUCACCAUCUAAUAAUGGAACAGCGGACAAGCAGCAGCAGCAGAAGGAAGUGUGGAGCUCGCGGCUGCAGAAAUGGUUGUACGAGCGCUUCGGCGUCUACAUAGAAGAUUUCCGCUUCCAACCCGAGGAGAGCACCGUGGAGGCCGAGGAACCGCUAAGUGCUAAAAGGUUGACAGAAAACAUGAGGCGACUCAAGCGAGGAGCUCGGCCUGUCACCAACUUCUUAAGGAACCUCUCGGCCUUAUCCAAUUGGCACUCUGUCUACACCUCAGCUAUCGCCUUCAUUAUCUACAUGAAUGCUGCUUGGCAUGGCUGGGCCUUCCCCAUGUUCCUCUUCCUGGCCAUUUUGCGCUUGUCCUUAAAUUACCUCAUCGCUAGAGGUUGGAGGAUACAGUGGAGCAUUGUCCCUGAGGUCUCUGAACCCAUGGAUCCCCCAAAGGAAGACCUGACCGUGUCCGAGAAGUUUCAGCUGGUCCUUGACGUUGCGCAAAAAGCACAGAACCUUUUUGGGAAGAUGGCGGACGUUUUAGAGAAGAUAAAAAACCUUUUCAUGUGGGUGCAGCCAGAGAGCACCCGCAAAUUGUACAUCUGCCUGUGGGUGGCUUUCAUCACCUCCUGCGUGCUGCCGUACAAACUCAUGGGCUUCAUGAUGGGCCUCUACGCCGGCAUCAAGUUCUUCAUCAUAGACUUCCUGUUCAAGAGCUGCCCCAAGCUGCGCGACAAGUACGACACGCCGUACAUCGUGUGGAACAGCCUCCCCACCGACCCCCAGCUCAAGGAGAGGACCAACGCCACUGUGUCUCGAAGGGUGCAGCCCGUGGCUUCCCGAGGCAGCUUGGCCGCGGUGCCGUGCGGCGUGAACCGCGAGGAGGAUGCCGGCCGCUCCCACAGCACCAAGAAGGGCGCCUUCCAUGAGGUCUUCAACCUGUCUGAGUCAGAGCGCCCCCUGCCAGUGUGCGAGAACGGCUGGAGGUGUUGCCUGAUAAACCGAGACCGAAAAAUGCCCACCGACUACAUCAGGAACGGGAUGCUGUACGUCACAGAGAAUUACUUGUGCUUUGAGAGCUCCAGUUCCAGGUCGGGCUCCUCCAAGAAGAAUAAAGUCAUCAAACUGGUGGACAUUACUGACAUACAAAAGUACAAGGUGCUUUCUGUCCUACCAGGAAGUGGAAUGGGCAUCUCAAUCGCAACUCCUUCCACUCAGAAGCCGCUGGUGUUCGGCGCCAUGAUCCACAGAGAUGAGGCCUUCGAGGCCAUCUUCACGCAGUACACCAAGGUGAUCACCACCAGCAAGCCGCCGGCAGCCGCUGCCGCCGCCUCUGCUGAAAUUUAGACGCCUACCGUCGAAGCUGCGACUGCCAUCCCACUUCUUCCUGGGCGCAUUUGGUUUUUUUAUUUAACACAAUGCUAGCCAGGGGAGGCUGGUCCUCCCCGGUCAACUGACUGCGUCCCUCAGUGUCGUUCCUCUUGUGUGGUGCGUGUUGCAUGUGUGACAAAAUCGUUUUUUCGGUUUUAAAUCCUCUUCCAGUGAUGUGAGUCUUCACUAUCAUGACUGGAGCUUUAAGGAAAAAUUCUCAACUGACCAUUUCUGGAGCGUUUUAUCUGAUCUCAAGUGUGUACCGUACAAAGCCUUUGUCUUAGUUCACGGUCGCUUUGCUUUGGUGUUUUUGUGUAAAUGUCAAACUACUUUGUCGUUUUUUUUUUUUUUUUUGGUCCAGAUAUGCCUUUUCUUACCCGUUUGGACUGAUGACUGACUGAGCACAACAGAGAACAUCUCUCAUUUCAGCACAACGUGGUACUAAAUAGGCUCUUAUUCCAUUGACUGCUAGUUUCUCCCUGCACUUUAUUAUGACAGUCAUUCAACUGGACAUUUUUAAUGUGGUGAUUGAACAGCAGAGAAAUUGUGAUUUUUGCGGAAGAGUCAAGCUGGUCUUAACUCCUCCGAGGUGUGGAAAUGUACUGCCAAACUCAACUUGGCUUCUGUUGAGUGUUUUGAGGUCAUUAGUCCCCUCCAGAUUCAGACACACAAAAAAAAAGCCUUGACAUUUGAAUAUUUAUGAUGCUAAGUCAUGGCUAAACCCCAAGGUUCCACAUAAAAGGACAUUCAAAAAUGUCAAGGUUGCACAAAUCAUUUUGGAAAUGAGUAAACUGGAUAUGACAUUGCCAUACAUGCAAUUGACCAGUUCGUACAGUGACUUUUUUUUUUUUUUAAUUGUUGUUUUUGUCUUGUUAGCACGAUGUGAUUGGAUGUCGUCUUAAAAGCUUUCUACCAGAAGCCUUUUUGUUGUUGGUUUCAUACGAGAAGCACAGAAUGUAUCAUGUUGUUUUAUUUCUUUUUUUUUUUUUUGCCAAAUGUUUUAUCUGCCAUGUUCUGCCUAAGCUCAUGUUUACACUAGCUUGUAAAUUAUUUUGAUUUCUUUUUGUUUGCAGUUUGAAUUCCUUUACCGUUUUGGGAGUUUUGACAACUGCUGUAGUUUAAUUCUCGUUCGAUCACGUGAUUUGCUUUUUAACCAAUAGGAAGCCAGGAGGUAAUUACCGCUCUACGCCGUGUUUGUUUUUUUCUUACUAGUCCGAUUCGACAUUUUUACGUGAUUUUUAUUUGAAAUAUCCUUUCCUUAAUGACUCACUGAAACACUGUGAGCUAUUUUUGAAGUAACAAAAAAGUCAUUUGCGCUCAUAACUAUUCUAGGCACUUUAGACCGAAACGCAUCGACAGGCUCCAAAGCCUUGUGGAGACGCCACGCUUGGUGGCAAAUGGCCUCAAUGUGACUAAAUCUGUAAAAUUAAAUCUCAGUUCUGUUUUAUGGAGCUGAAAUGUUAAUGUCUGGUGUACUAUAAAGUGCAAGGCAGACGUUCAUUUACACGACUACCUUCAUUUCCUUUUUUUUGACUCGCUAUCGUGGUUUGUUGAAUUUGGAUACAAAUGUGAAGUCAAUUAAAACCGCUGGGUUUUCAAAAAAAACAUACGUUUAUUGUAACGCAUAAUGUGAUGUACAUUUUUUUAAGUAAACGGAUUUAAGGUA